AUGACCAACAGAGAGAAGGAUUCCUUUUUGCAGUCCAUGAGUGAUAAAUUCAGAAUGCUUCCUGAUCCUGAUCAUUCCACGUACAUGUCUCUAUGUCUGUCUGAAAUUCUAUACGACAUUGGUGUGAAUGAAGAUAUGGUGACGAGAACGAGACGAGCUUGGCUUCUGAGAGAAUCACUGACAACUGUUAGUCACAGAUCAAGAGGAAUACCAGAAUCAGAUUAUAUAUUUGGCAGUCUCACCGAGGGGGCUACAACAACGUGGUUACGCUCAGAUAAUGAUUUUUUGAUGUUCAAUGACAAUGACGAAGUAUUUUCUGACCUGAAGUAUUGUAGGCAAGGGCAGCUUGUAAUGGAAGAUGAUUCUACACCGCCAGGAUAUUGCUAUAUUCGUGAAGUCUUAGGCGACAAUCCCGGCAAAUCCCAGGCAUCACUUCUUCCGCAUUGGAUUUCUUUACCAGAUUCCUGGAAAUCCGACGACGGCGAGGAUUAUGAAUUACACGGACCUGCUUUACGUUGCCAGGGACAUACCACAUACAAUGCUCAAGACUAUGUUACUGCUGACUUUUGCAAAACUUGGCCAAACAGGGCAAAGCAGUGGAUAUUAGAAGAAGGUGUUGGUCACUGGUCAACAAAAGACAUUAAGUCGUUUGCAGAACAGAGUGGUUGUUUUCUUGUUCCGGUUGGUAGUAAAGGAAGUAAAAUGGAAAAAUAUGAAUACAGAAUAUCUACAUGUUUAGCUGAAAGAGCUCUAAUGUUAAGUUUGAAUAUCACACAACUAAGAUGCUAUAUUCUUUUGAAAAUUAUUAUAAAAUCAUUUUUUAAAGCUGUGGUACAAGAUGUCAUCUCAAGCUAUAUAUGUAAAACUGUCCUUUUUCACUGUAUAAAACAUACGCCUUCAGUCUUAUGGAAAGAGUCGAAAUUGUUGAACUGUUUAACGCUAUGUUUAUCGUCCUUGCAAUAUUGUGUUCUUAUUGGCCAUUGUCCACAUUUCAUCAUACAUGAUAACAAUUUAUUGUUCGGACGAAUAUCACCUCAGUUAAGAACAAUAUUUAUAGAAAUUACAGGGUUGAUAUCAAUGUCAUGCGGAUAUGCACUUACAGCAAUUUUGUGUGAAAACCUGGGAGUAAGGUUAAAGAAAAAAUUAAACAAAACAAAACUACCGCUUCAAGUAGAAAGGGGAAGGAUCAAACGUAUCGGAACUCUUCUGCAAAACACUGGCAAGGUUAUUCACAAUUUUUAUGAAUUGAUCUUAUAUGACGCAAACUAUAAAGAUGACGAAGCAUUACCGUUUUUAUAUUUAUGCGUAUCCCAAUUGGUGAAUAUUCACAAGAUGGGUAGUCGAUUAGAACGUUUAGCAUGUAAAUGUCUCGCAAAGGAACUAAGUUCUACAAUAGGAUCACUUUUGGCCUCCUCUAAUAUAAGGUCUUCUGUGUCAAUUUCGAAAGCUUCAUUAAGUUGGUUUGAUGCAAGUCUUGAUUCAAACAUUUCAUCUAACAGAUUAAAACUGGCGUCCGUUUUCUACACUGCUGGUGAAAUAAAUAAAGCGCUUUCAAUAAUCAAAGACGUUGAAAAUCGUUAUGAUAUUAAUACAGUGGAACCAGUUUGCCGUUGUACUACACAAUCAAGUCAUCCAGCAAGAGAGGGAUUUGACAAAGCCGCCGAACAUUAUAAUGAAAAUGGUAUGAAAUAUGCUGUUGCGUAUUGUGUAAAUUUCUUGCGCUGUGAAAGAACGUGUAUGCCCAGAGAGUUGCACUUAGAAGUGCACAGGACGACAGCAGCGGAACAAAAUUUGCGACAUUUGAAAAACCAAUGGUUAGAUCUUGCAUUUGUUGAUUCUCUCACAUUUCUUUUAUUUCUAAAAUACAAGAUUUUUAGUUGUUUAGGAAAAGAAGCAGAGCAGAGUAAAGCUUUAGAUGCUCUUAUCAAAGCUAUCCGUUUUGAGCCAAAUUUAGGUCACAGAGAAACUGGAUUGAAUUUAGUGGGACAAAUUAUGGUAGAAAAAGGGAAAUUACAUAAAGCAUUGCUUUUCUUUCUAGCGUCACAUAUUAUCAAGCCCAGAAUUAACGCUGCAAAGAUCCAUAUAUGCACUGUCAUUUCAAAACUUGUGAAAUUGAAUACAACUCCUGUUUACUAG